UCACACGCCGCACGUCGAAGCGUUCGCGUCCGACGACGCUCCGCCACGGCGCCAAUUCGUCACGCGUAUCGCUGUUACCAUACGAUUGUUGGUUGUCCCGCCUCUCAGAAUCUGCGACGCUGUUUACGGAGGUCUCUUUGCUACCGGCGUUCAGGACAAACUAAGAGUUGAGGCCUGAUGGCAGCGGAAAGUGGCUGCGACGACCGGUCAGAGGGUCACACUGCGCCUCGCACACCGAUGCGGCUAGUGGAUCCACAGCUUCGAGAUGCGUCUGCGACAGAGCCUUCGGAACACGAGGCACAUUCACCAGAUCAAGACGAGCACGGCCUCGUGUGUGGCUUAGCUGGGUGGACUCCCAGUUGGCUCCAACGCUUCGCCACUGUUAACACAUACACUUUGUUGUGGGGGCUGCUCGGUAUGGCCGAAAUAGCUAUCAACUCCUACCUCGGCGCUAUCAUCAACACCCUCGAGAAAUCCUUCGAGCUGACCACCACUACUUCAGGUGUGAUCCUGGCGGCUUUCGAGGUGUCCAUGUUGGUGUGCACGGUAGUGCUGAACUACCUGGGCAGCCGCGGGCACAAGCCGCGCUGGGUAGCCGCGGGUGCGGCGGUGCUCGGCGUCGCCUGCUUCUCGAGACUUGUCCUCUACCUGGCCCUGGGGCCAGGCCGACGAGCACUCGCCCUCACCAGGGAGCACGGAGUGCUGGAGGACCACCUGUCUACCAACAGCACUGCUCCAGCGUGGCAGCUGUGCGGAGCCGCAGCGCCUGCCGCCGACUGCCCGCGUGACAGCGCCGCUGACGUCACAGCAGCGGCCGCCGAUACACUCGGCACACCGGCGUUGCUGCUGGUCGCUUCUCAGCUGCUGAUGGGCGCCGGGGCCUCCCUGCCGCUGUCUCUGGGACUCGCCUACAUGGACGACAACGCACCCAGAAACAAAGCUCCGCUGCUCAUAGCGGCGUCGCAGUUCGUGCGCAUGCUCGGACCGACCGUGGGCUACCUGUUGGCGUCUUACUCGCUGAGCAGAUUCGUUGCACCUGGCCUCACACCCCUUAUCGACGAGACAGAUCCGCGCUGGAUUGGCGCCUGGUGGAUCGGAUGGGCGCCGCUGUCUGCGUUGGCUCUGCUGCUGGCUGUGCCUCUGAUGCUGUUUCCCCGCGAGAUGCCGGCCACGCGGCAACGCUCGUCCAAGUCGCCACGUCGAGUCCUGGAGAGGUCACUAGCCGACUUCUGGAAGAGUACACGGCGCCUGCUAGGUAACCGCCUUAUGAUGUGCAACAUCUUCAGCAGUGUACUGUUCAUGUUCGGCAUGUCAGGCAGUUGGGCGUACAUGCCCAAGUACAUGGAGACACAUUUCCAGCAAUCCGCAUCCACCUCGAGCCUCGUAUUAGGGUCCUUCGGCCUGGUGUCGACCGCGCUGGGCCUGGCCGCAUCGGGCGUCGUCAUCUGGUGGUUCCAGCCGCGUCCUCGCUCUCUGGCAGCCUGGAAUGUUGUUGUUGAACUCAUCGACGCAUUUGUGCGGGUCGGCUGGACCUUCAUAGGAUGCGCAGAUGACUACAUGUCCGGCGCCCGGACGUCAGAUGGACGGUGGAACAUGACGUCAGACUGCAACAACGCGUGCUCCUGUGGACCACACGUGACGUUCUCUCCCGUGUGUGACGAGGGCAGCGGCGACACUUACUUCUCCCCGUGUCAUGCCGGCUGCAACGACGGCUACGUCAUCAAUGGUACAACGGUGUUCGGCAACUGCAGCUGCUUGCCGGGGUCUGGGACAGCGACGGCAGGUCCCUGCCCGACGGACUGUGCCUCCGUCUUCAUUGCCUUCCUCGUCACUCAGAGCGUCCUCCAGUGCCUGGAGGCGAGCGGACGCGCGGGGAACGCACUGCUGCACUUCAGGUGCGUUGACGAGAUUGACAAAGCCCAGGCAGUAGCUUUUGCUGAGGUGAUGAUGACUGGUUUCGCAUACAUUCCAGCACCAAUAAUCUAUGGAAUGAUCAUUGACUCUAGCUGCUUGGUGUGGAGUGAGACGUGCGGAUCACGCGGCAACUGCUGGCUCUACGACAUGGCCCGCAUGCGUCACGCCCCAAAUAUCUUGGCGGCAGGUUUCCUGUUUUCGGGCACGUUUCUGGACAUCGGCGUGUGGUACUACGCCAAGGACGUACGGUUGUACGACGAGGAUGAGAAUGUCGCCGGUGGAGAAGGCCGCGACUUGAAACUGUCUACCCUUGCCGCUGCACUGUCGUGAGCACAGCCUCUCCAGACAGAUGACGUCACUUCCUGAAGGACGCCUCGCUCAUAGUAACUGUCAACGAGAGCGUGCUGUUACAAAGCCUAGGGUUUCGUCCAAAGUGGGUUCCAAAAUCCCUUCAAGACUUUGAGGAAAGGUAAUGGUGUCUUGUGAGCUGAUAGAUAUCACGAAUUGGUCCUUUAACGAAAAAUUUUACGUCGUGACUCCCUCAAAAGACUGAUGUUCUUCUGCCCUUGUAGUACCGGUCAUCUGGAAGCGG